UCCGAUGAUUGACAGCGGUGGGCGUUUACGUGCGGGUUCGCAGGGACGCCGCCAGUUUGCGGCGAGUGCGUGGAUUUGAGGCGCGAGACGCUAACCAUCGCAUCCUUCCACCACCAGCACCACCACAUCCACCUCUUCUCCCCCUUCUUGAUGCCGAGAUGCAAGGCGCGUAGGAGCAUCCCGAUUAGCUGUCGCGGCGGCCUGGCCUCUGUGAUGCGUCAUCAUCCGCCGGGGGGGGCGUCCGUCCUCGCCCCGUGACGCUUAUGGGCUAGAAAGCCGGCGGGAGGAUGGGCAGCCCGGGUUGCGAGGCGGAUCUCUCCGGGCCCGUCGCCGCCACCGAGCCCACCCCGGAGGCGCUGUGCUCCGAGUGCGGCCAGGUGCACCGCGGCCGGGAGAACCACCUGUACAACUACCGCUUGGAGGUGGACGACGACCUGGUGUGCCACAUCUGCCUGCAGCCGCUGGUGCGCCCGCUGGACACGCCGUGCGGCCACACCUUCUGCGCCCGAUGCCUGCGCAGCUUCCUGCAGGAGAGAGACUUUUGCCCGCUGGACCGAACGCGGCUGCAGCUGGCGGCGUGCCGCAGGUCCAGCAUCCUGGUGCACAAGCUGUUGGACAAGCUGUCGGUCACGUGCCCGCUGACGCCGCUCUGCUCGCUCAGCAUGCCCAGAUGUGAUCUGGAGGCGCACCUCAAACACAGGUGUCCAGGCACACGAUGUCAGCAGACCAGCGUGGACGGCCCACGCAAGGAGAGCGUGGACGACCGACCAGCGGUCAAAAGUCCUCCGCCAUCUCCUCGCUCGCCGCAGACCGACCUGGGCGACGGAAGGCCCUCGCCGCCGCUGGGCAGCGACAACCCGCCGAUGCGGACCGACGAGGCCGGCCUGGACAACCCCGCCUUCGAGGAGAGCACUGAGGAAGAAAGUGUGGUGGGGAUGGAGUGCAUCAUCCCCAGGGUGAAGCGACCUCUCAGCAACCCCUGCAUCCACCUCCUGCGCUCAGUCAGCUCCACUUCUUCUGGCUGGGACUGUCCCGAGUCUCCUCCUCUUUCUGCAGAAGAAGGCUGCGUCAAGUUGCCGUCGCUCCCGGAAGGCGAGAUAACGGCGGUGGAGGUGCACAGGGCCAACCCGUACGUGGAGCUGGGCAUCAGCAUCGUGGGCGGCAACGAGACGCCCCUCAUCAACGUGGUCAUCCAGGAAGUGUACCGGGAUGGCGUGAUUGCACGCGACGGAAGGCUGCUGGCGGGGGAUCAGAUACUCCAAGUGAACAACGUGGACAUCAGCAACGUGCCGCACAGUUUUGCCCGCUCCACGCUGGCGCGACCGUGCACCACCUUGCAGCUGACCGUGCUCCGAGAACGCCGCUGCGCAUCGCGGCCGCCGCCUUCCGCCGCCGCUGUCCCCAACGCCCCCUGCUCCACCCCCGAGGGCAACCCGCCGAGCCCCGUGUCGCUGAGGAUCACCUUGCACAAGCGCGACUCGGCGGAGCAGCUGGGCAUCAAGCUGGUGCGGCGGACCGACGAGUCCGGGGUCUUCGUGUUGGACCUGCUGGACGGGGGACUGGCGGCCAAAGACGGCCGACUGCGGGGCAACGACCGUGUUUUGGCCGUCAACGAUCAGGACCUGCGCCACGGGACCCCGGAGCAGGCUGCGCAGAUCAUCCAGGCGAGCGGCGAGCGCGUGCACCUGCUGAUCGGCCGAGCCAACAAAGCCACUCCUCCGCCAAAAUCCAGCUCCACCAGAGAUCUCUACUGCCUUGAUCACUUCCUGCCUAACCACAGCACCAGCCCCAGCCCGUUGCCCUUGCACCUCUCCCGCACCAGCACGCACCGGGACUUGUCCCAAUGUGUCACCUGCAAGGAGAAACACAUCACUGUGAAGAAGGAGCCCCACGAAUCUCUGGGCAUGACGGUGGCGGGCGGGCGGGGCAGCAAGAGCGGAGAGCUGCCCAUCUUCGUCACCAGCGUCCAACCGCACGGAUGCUUGUCGAGGGACGGGAGAAUCAAACGAGGCGACGUCCUCCUGAGCAUCAACGGCCAGGACCUGACCUACCUGAGCCACAGCGAGGCGGUGGGCACCCUGAAAGCCAGCGCCGCCUCGGCUUCGGUGCAGCUGCGCGUGCUGGAGGUGAGCAUGGUGGAGGAGCGCCAGCGCGACCAGCUGCUGAGUCACGCCCACGACGGCGAAUUUGACGCCAACUGGUCGCCCUCCUGGGUCAUGUGGCUGGGACUCCCCAGUUACUUGCACAGCAGCCACGAGAUCGUCCUGCGGAGGAGCCACCCCGGUAGCUGGGGCUUCAGCAUCGUGGGGGGCUACGAGGAGAGCCACGGCAACCAGGCCUUCUUCAUCAAGACCAUCGUCCUCGGCACGCCCGCCUACUACGACGGCCGCCUCAAGUGCGGAGACAUGAUCGUGGCGGUCAACGGCCUGUCCACGGCGGGAAUGAGCCACUCGGCGCUGGUCCCCAUGCUGAAGGAACAGCGCAGCCGGGUGGCACUGACCGUCGUCUCGUGGCCCGGCAGCCUGGUAUAGAACAAAGUCAGGCGUGCGGGCCUACUGAACGUUGCGCCGCCGGGGAUUUCAUCCAAGACCAAAAAGCCAGGAGAUUGAUUGGGCCGUGCCGCUCGACAACACACUGCUGUGCUCAUGUCAUCUUGGCUCUAGCGCUUCCCGGGUGAGGGUUCAGUAUCCUGUAUUCAUCUCCUUCCAGCCAUAUUCACAAAGCGUUGUAGAUUCCAGGGCUCCAUUACAAAAAA